CAUGCUAAAUGCGUCAGAACGCGGAAGUGUUGUUUGUUUUGAUCAUCUUGCGACGGAUGGAGUUUAAAAUACGCUGUUUCCAAGCAACAUACACCAAAACAAUCACGCAGCGAGGCUGAUUUAAUGAAAGAGCAUAAAAAUGUUCGGCAAGUCUACAGAUUAUGAGUAUCGAUCACUUGCACAGAGAGAUGAGUGCAGUAAUGCACCGGGUUUGUUUUCACAUGCAGCCUUCACUUACAGUCAGAGUGAUCAAAGAGGACAUUCAUUCGAUUAUGUGCCUAAAAUCGCUCAAAAUGACUUCACAGAUAAAUCUCAAGGAUUUCUGUCCUGGAUUUGCAACUUGAUUGUAACGUUCCUGCUUUUCCUGGUCACAUUUAUAACCUUUCCCAUAUCUGGAUGGUUUGUUUUAAAGGUCGUACCUAACUACGAGAGGAUAGUUGUUUUUCGUCUGGGUCGGAUACGUCCACCAAAAGGUCCAGGGGUGGUUCUGGUUCUGCCCUUGAUUGAUCAGUGGCAGAGAGUCGACCUGCGAACCAGAGCCUUUAACAUUCCACCCUGCAAGGUGACCACUAAAGAUGGCGGUCUGGUGUCGGUAGGAGCAGAUAUUCAGUUUCGGAUAUGGAGUCCAGUGAUGUCAGUGGUGGCAGUGCAGGACCUGAACGCCUCCACUCGACUCACGGCACAAAACGCAAUGAUGCAGAGCCUCAACAAAAAAACCCUGAGGGAAAUACAGAGAGAGAGAAUCAAACUUGGAGAGCAUCUUGGAAUGGACAUGAAUGAGAUGACAAAGCCGUGGGGUCUGGAGGUGGACCGUGUUGAGCUCCUGCUGGAGGGUGUGCUUCGGGAACCAGAAGGGUCUCAGUCAGGAGGACCUUUUAUUAUGCCCCCAUCUGUCCCGGGGUUAGAAGGUCUUACUGGGCCCUUACAGCAACUAGCCAUGCAUUUUCUGAGCCAGACGUCUGAAUCUCAAACCAGUAAAGAUACAGUGAGUUUUGCAGAUGAGCUGAGUUCAGCGCCUGCAGCAGAUGUUAAAUACAGCAGUGUGGAGGGACUGUUGGAUCGGGUCAGAUCGGUACUGAAUGAAGAACUGGUCCAUCAGAUCAAAGCCUGUUAUCGCUUUCAGAUCUCCACUGACUCUGGACAAACCAACAACUACUAUGUUGAUCUGACAGAAGGUCGUGGAGCAUGUGGUGUGGGUGUCUUGCCGAGAGAUCCAGAUGUUUCUCUGAGCGCGAGCGAGCAGGAUCUGCUGGCCAUGUUUCAGGGGGACCUGGCGCCGUUUGCCGCUUACAGCAGCCGUCGACUGCGAGUAGAUGGAGAUCUGAACACCGCCAUGAAGCUCGAAACUCUUAUUAGACUCCUCAAGAGCACAUGAAAGGACUGAUCAUAUUCACUCUGAUAUAUUUAUAUCGAUCUAAUUUAUUUGACAAAAUAUACACCUAUUGGUAAAAUUGAGAUUUAAACUAUUACAAUAAUUAUUAAGUUAUAAAAACAUUUCAUAUUCAAAAUGGUUAUAUAAGGCAUUUCAUUUCUUGUUGUUUCAGUAUCAUUUUUAUCACUCACUUAUUGCGUUUAUAAUUUUGUCUAGUGUUGUAUAAAUCUAUUUAUUACUGAUUAAUGAGAUUACUUUUUGUCUGUAUUUGUUUGCUUAAAGAAAGUGUUUAUGCUUAGGUGAAUAGCCUUGUUGCACAAGGUUGUGUGUCUCUCAGAAGCUGACCUCUGACCUCGCCUACCCUUGGACCCUACGCACAGCUGUUUACAGAGAAAACUAUUACAAGGUUAAUUCACCAGAGAAUUCAUUUGCAGUGUGGUUAUACCAUUGAUGCAGAAAUACUGUAUGUUGACUUAGCAUGUGCAGUACUGCUUAUAUAUAACGGAAAUGUAACUUUGAAAACUAUGUUGUUACAUUUAUGCAUUUGGCAGACUCUUCAUCUAAAGCAACUUAAGGUGCAUUUAAGUAUAUUUUUUAUGUACCCUAGGAUUAAAUGGCUCUUACACUUAUCCUUAAAUAAUAUGUGCUUGGUUUUGUAUCAAGUCUCUUGAUAUUCUGGUCCAUAGAUAUGGCUUGUGCCUCUCGUUCAAAGAAGGAUUAGUUAGACUUUCUUGCCCAUUUUUUCUACCAGAUAAAAAUCAAGUGGAAAAUG